AAAAUAAUAUUUUAUCAACUUUGGUUACUAUAAAUUUCUCCUACUCCUCCUACAUUUAGUACCCUCAGCCUAAGUUUUGCUUCUGCUGCUGCUACUACUACUACUAAUUAAAAAUUCCACUACUUUGAAGGACACACAAGAGCGGAACUAUUGAAUCAAUGAAGAGCCUUUUCAUGGUCUAUGUGGUUUUGUUGCUCGUUUCAUUCUCUGUUAUACACAUUAAUCAUGCAUUGGAACUAGCUCAAGAAGGUGGUGCUAUUCAAGAAAGAGCCCUAAUUCCCAGGCAAAAAUACACUGUCACUCCUGCUAGGAAGUUACUACAACUACCUGAUAUUGGUUUUGGCGAUGAUGGUGAUGUUGGUGGUGGUGAUGGUACUGGUGGUGAUGAUGGUACUGGUGGUACUGGUGGCGAUGAUGGUACUGGUGGCAAUGGUGGCUAUGAUGGUGCUGGUGGUAAUGGUGGCGAUGAUGGUACUGGUGGUAAUGGUGGCAAUGAUGGAGGUGACGGCUCAGAGAACAGAAUAGGGCCAGCAUCAUGUUCAAAAGACAGAAUUAUAGUAACCCAAGGUGACACACCGCCACAGCCAAACGGCAUUCCCACGUACACUGUCAUAAUCGAGAACGCGUGUUUCUCCGGUGUUUCCAACAUUCACUUGAGCUGUGGUUGGUUCAGUUCAGCAAGGCUCAUAAAUCCCCGAGUUUUCAGGAGACUUAACUAUAAUGAUUGCCUUGUCAACGACGGAGAGCCUCUCAAUCCAGGGCAAUCCCUCACUUUUCAAUAUGCCAAUACCUUCAAAUAUCCUCUUUCUGUUUCUUCUGUUUCCUGCUAAAUCAGAUGGUUUGUAAAAAUCUAGUACUUCUUUUGGAACUUUUCUUGCGCUAAGAUCAGUCUGAAAGUCCAAGAAUUAGUGGUCUUAACUUGUGUAUGGUAUUAGUAUCUUUGUAAUUUAAUGGCAUCAAUGCAAAUAAUGCUUGUUUCAAAUUCUCAGUAUAGUUGUACUUAACCAAUAUUCGGGUUUAGAGUUGAAUGCCCAUUGAAAGGACGCCUUGGACCGAUGGUAAAGCUGUCUCCGCAUGACCUAUUGGUCAUGGGUUCGGGCCGUGGAACCAGCUACUAUUCUAAAUGUAUACCUUGAUCAUCCCUAUUUUGGGUAGGUAAUGCUUGAAUUUAGAAGGUCCAUGGGGUUUGAAAGCAAAGUCAUAUCCAGAAUCAAGUUAUUCAUGGAUCAAGUGUGAUCAUAAUUCAUAUGAAUGAACAUAUCUGCUUUGUUUAGAAUUUCCUCAACCGCUACAACUGUGCCCCAAUCCAAGCAAAUUGUGAUCGACUAUGUGAAUUCUCACUAAUCAUGCCGUUCGUCUAGCUACAUCGCAAAAUAGAAUUGUAAAACAAAAUCAAAGUUGUUUCCUCUAAAUCAUGAUUGAAAAA